CGCACGUGAUUGGUUGAGACAGACACACGUCACAAGCUUGACGGAAGUGAAGCAACGUCUCUGCCUAAUCUGUCCUCUUCAAGCUACAAACAUGGCCAUUAAACACGCGUCCGUUGAAUAUUCGCCGUCGUAAAGGUUUUAGUUUACGUUUAAGUGGCAUGGAUCCGUCGCCGAGGAGUGAAGAUGAAUGGCAAGGAAUGGUCAACGAGUUCCUCAUUUGUAAGCGCAAGUUGGAAAGCAAGAAGGAAGCGCUCCUGAUCCUGUCCAAGGAGCUGGACAUGUGCCAGCAGGAGCGGGAUCAGUACCAGCUGAUGGCCAAUCAGCUUCGAGAGCGCCACCAAGGACUCAAGAAGAAGUACAGAGAACUCCUAGAUGGAGAUCUGUCUUUGCCCCCUGAAAAGCGCAACCAAGUGAAUUUAGCUCAGCUCCUGAGAGACUCCAAAGAAAAAAGCAAUGCUCUUAGUGAGGAGGUGAAGGAGCUGAAACAACGGCUGGCAGAAGCACAGGGAGACAACAAGCUGUUGCGGAUGACCAUCACCAAGCAGAGGCUGGGAGACGACGAGGUGGGAGCUCGCCACUUCCCAGCGCACGAGCGCGAGGACCUGGUCCAACAGCUGGAGAGAGCCAGAGAGCAGAACCAGGUGCUGGAGCACAGUGUGACAUCUCUCAGCGACGAGCUGCAGGACGUACAGGCGGAGCGCCACGUCUUCCAGCAGAAAGCUCACCGCCUCAACGUGGAGAUGAACCACAUGGUGGGCAACGACGCAGUGCGGAUCGUGGACAUCGAUGCGCUCUGCAUGGAGAACAGAUAUUUGCACGAUCGCCUGUGUCAACUUUUGGAAGAGGUUGCCUUGCUCAAAACGAAUCUGGGCAAAUACAAGAGUGCAUUGGAGUGCAGGAAGAACACCAAAGCGUGUGGGAAGACUAACAGUAGUGCACUCACUGGAGUGCUCUCAGCUAAACAAGUGAAGGAGCUGCUGUCUGAGGAAGGCGGCUGCACGUUGCCCGUUACUUCCCAGUCCAUCUCGGACCUCAAGUCUCUGGCCAGCGCUCUCCUAGAGACCAUCCACGAGAAGAACAUGCUGAUUCAGCACCAGCGGCAAAUUACCAAAGUGCUUGGAAGUCGAGUUGCAGAACUGGAAAAAAAGCUCAAAACUUUGGAGACGUCUGGAGUGUGGAGCCUGCCAGGCCUCACUUACCACGUGUCUGUGGGCAUUCGUGGAAAGCGGACAGAGCUGCAAGCAAGCCACACAACAGGAGAGUCAGAAAAGAAGACUUCGUCAGGUGUGCCGACACCAGAGAGCAGAACGGCAACAGAACCUCCUGGGACGCCACCACCACCUUUAUCUUCGUCAUCAUCAUCCUCCUCCUCAUGGGAGGAGCCAGUGGAGCAUCAGACAAGUAGGGAGGGGCUUCCUGAAGGUGACAUGAACACAGUCUUCCAACCAAAGCAGCCCUCAGUGACAUGUGACCUCACCAAAAGAGGAGGAGCUAAAGAGGAAGAGGGAGUAGAGAGUUUGGAAACAGAAUGCAUCAUCGUAGAGGAACGUGGCCACCAGCAGCAGGACCACAAUACUCCACCUUCUCCUUGACAAGACACCUGUCAGCACACAGUACACCAGGAAGUCCACUGAGGGCCACACAAAGUACACCAGGAAGUCCACUGAGGGCCACACACAGUACACCAGGAAGUCCACUGAGGGCCACUCACUGUACACCAGGAAGUCCACUGAGGGCCACACACUGUACACCAGGAAGUCCACUGAGGGCCACACACUUUACACCAGGAAGUCCACUGAGGGCCACACACAGUACACCAGGAAGUCCACUGAGGGCCACACACUGUACACCAGGAAGUCCACUGAGGGCCACACACUUUACACCAGGAAGUCCACACACAGCACACCAGGAAGUCCACUGAGGGCCACACACAGUACACCAGGAAGUCCACUGAGGGCCACACACAGUACACCAGGAAGUCCACUGAGGGCCACACAGUGUACACCAGGAAGUCCACUGAGGGCCACACACAGUACACCAGGGAGUCCACUGAGGGCCACACACUGUACACCAGGAAGUCCACUGAGGGCCACACACAGUACACCAGGAAGUCCACUGAGGGCCACACAGUAUACACCAGGAAGUCCACUGAGGGCCACACAGUGUACACCAGGAAGUCCACUGAGGGCCACACACAGUACACCAGGAAGUCCACUGAGGGCCACACACUGUACACCAGGAAGUCCACUGAGGGCCACACACUUUACACCAGGAAGUCCACUGAGGGCCACACACAGUACACCAGGAAGUCCACUGAGGGCCACACACAGUACACCAGGAAGUCCACUGAGGGCCACACACAGUACACCAGGAAGUCCACUGAGGGCCACACAGUGUACACCAGGAAGUCCACUGAGGGCCACAACUUUACACCAGGAAGUCCACUGAGGGCCACACACAGUACACCAGGAAGUCCACUGAGGGCCACACACAGUACACCAGGAAGUCCACUGAGGGCCACUCACUGUACACCAGGAAGUCCACUGAGGGCCACACACUGUACACCAGGAAGUCCACUGAGGGCCACACACUUUACACCAGGAAGUCCACAGAGGGCCACACACAGUACACCAGGAAGUCCACUGAGGGCCACACAGUGUACACCAGGAAGUCCACUGAGGGUCACACACAGUACACCAGGAAGUCCACUGAGGGCCACACACAGCACACCAGGAAGUCCACUGAGGGCCACACACACUACACCAGGAAGUCCACUGAGGGCCACACACUGAAACAUGAAAGCGUGCAGGGGCCGUUUUGAUAUUUGAUCAUUUCAAAACCAAUUCAAUAUAUAUUGUAAACUUUAGGGAUCCCCUCAAUGUUGGUGAACGUUAAAGUCCCCGGGGACCCAAAAGGGGAUCAGUCAUUCAAGUGUUAAAAAGAAAUCACAUAUUUAUUUAUUUAUUUUACUUUCAGUGCUUAUUUAUCAAUUAUUUUCAGAUCCAUCCGUUGGCAAAAAGGAUUUUUUUGUUUGUUUUAUGCCCUUUUGAUCAAAACCCCUCCUUUUUUAAAAGAAGCACAAAUCACGCAAUAUUUUCCUCAAAAAAAGGUUCAAAGUGGAACAUUUGAUGUGAAUUUAUUGGAGCCUUUAAUAGGUAAAUAAUUCCGAACAUUUAUUAUUUUUUGAGCAAUGGAAAGAAAUCUCACUUUAACGUCUCGGCCCUGUUAGAAAUAAGUCAUAUAUCAAUAUUUAUUAUUUUUACUUUCAACAUAAACUUCAGAUCUAUCCAUCAUUUAUGUGUUAUUCUUUUUUGAGCAGUGACAGUUUUAAAGUAAAAAAAGAGCCUCCACGGCAGUUUUUGGUUAGUAAUGUCUGUCAUGCAACAUUUUCCUGUUAUUUUUCUUGUAACAUUAUUUUGUAGACUAUUAUGAUGGCCGCUGAAGUUGGAAGAUCAAAACGUUUCGUAGCAAACAUAAAAAGAAUCCAUUGACAUCUUGAGGUGACAUGUGGCGCACUACUUGGCUGCAACCAGCAGAGGCGCUGUUGCAGGGCCUGUCUUAUUUACAGCUUUGUUUUAUUUGUGGAACAAUAUUGAAAAUAAUACAAUAUUUAAAAAUACCAAUGAAUUGAUUAAAUGAGAAAAUGUACAAUAUUUUCCGGACUAAAAGCCACUUUUUUUCCUACGCUUCGAUCACUGCGGCUAAUUUGUGGAUUUGCCUUCGUUAACGGCCGUAAUGUUUUUAUUCAACAAAACAAUUUUCAACACUGACAGAGACACUGCAAAUGUGUUUGUUUUGGAAGGGUUUGCUCACUCCAGGUGCUGCGGGUUGAAAAUGUACUUCCUGUUUGAACCUGCCUCGAACCGGAAGUAUAUUUCUUUUGGUCUCCUACUGGUCUAUAGUGUUUCUGCUCUAAAUGAUUCUUCAGCCCUCCGAGGGACGUUUGUAAGUUUUACAAUAUAACCAAAACAAUUUGUGCUUACUGAAUCGUCCCGUGUGUGAUGUCUGUAGGAGUGUUCUCAUGCAUAUUUGCACGUGCUGUCGUGAUGUAGUCAAGCUAGUGUCGUUAGCAUCAGCGGAUAUGCUAACACGUUUGCAAGUGUCUGUGUUAGGGUUAUUAACUUACAAUGGCAUUCUUUCCAUUUCUGUUUGGUAAGUUCACCAAAAACAUCAACGUUGAGUUACCAAGUGUGUUUCGCUGAUUGGAACGCUAGCUUCCGGAGGUAGUGGGUCCAUGACCAUGGCUUCUAUUUAGUUUGCCAUGUUAGAGGAAGGGUUUGGAAACAAUUAAGUUAUGUAAAUAAACAUAACAAAAUUGUCAGAAUAAUUGUGUGUAAGUUAUCACAAAACUUUCUGUUCCCAUAAGUUCCCGGCGAGCAGACAAAUACUGUCCUUGAUCUUACCGAGCAAAAGGCUUGUAAAACUCAACUGGGUACAAUGGGAAGCAACAUGAAAGUGUUGGUUUCUUUGAUCUAUUGUGAGCCACAGAAAGAUCUUGUCUUGACCCGAGAUCUACAAAGCGUAGAGGAAGCAGGACCUGACGCAAGCUCCAGGCAUCUUUUCUUUGAACUGUUUUGUGACCGACGGCACAGUUGUUUACGACCCCCUCCCCCUUGGAAAUAGCUGUUGCCAUGGAAUCAAGGAAAGCCUUUCGUCAAGAGCGUGGGACGACACUGUACAAGAGAACAGGUUUACGCACUCUCCUCAUUGAGCUCAAUCAAUAAAUGUUUAUUUAUAGAGCCCUAAAUCACAAGUGUCUCAAAGGGCUACACAAACCACAAAGACAUCCUCGGUAGAGCCCACAUACGGGCAAGGAAAAACUCACACCCAGUGGGCUGAAAUUGAAUCCUGUCUCUGUUUAAUUCCUUACUUCUUGUCUGUUUAAUAGAUGUCAUCGGUGUUUGAACCUGACAUCGUCUUGGUCAUUCCAUCAUGUCUGACGAUUCCAGCAGGGUGAGUGAAGGCAAACAUCUCCCGAUUGAGGAACUGCUUUUCUUCAGCCCGGCUGGAAUCUGAAGAUUGACGGGAAAACAGAGGACAAGAAGAAGGAACGCAGAGUUCAGUGAGUACGUUUUGAAUUACAAAGAAAGAGCGUGGUGGAAGACUGCACAAGAGUACAGCCCAUACGUUUCUCCUCAUUGAGCUAAAUUGAAUCCUGUCUCUGUUUAAUUCCUUGCUUCUUGUCUGUUUAAUAAAUGUCAUCUGUGUUUGAACCUGACAUCUUGGUCAUUCCAACAUGUCUGACGAUUCCAGCAGGGUGAGUGAAACAGAAGACCAUGGCAAACAUCUCCCGAUUGAGGAAUUGCUUUUCUUCAGCCCGGCUGGAAUCUGAAGAUUGACGGGAAAACAGAGGACAAGAAAGAAGGAACGCAGAGUUCAGUGAGUACGUUUUGAAUUACAAAGAAAGAGCGUGGUGGAAGACUGUACAAGAGUACAGCCCAGACGUUUCUCCUCAUUGAGCUAAAUUGAAUCCUGUCUCUGUUUAAUUAUUUGCAUCUUGUCUGUUUAAUAGAUGUCAUCGGUGUCUGAACCUGACAAAAAUCUUUCAUAAUUAAUGUAAAAAUAUUGAUUUCUUCUGAAGUUCGGUGGGUGCGGCUUAAAACAACGGUACGCUCUGUAGCCCGAAAAGUACGGUUGUUGAAUGUCCAUCACUUGUAGCCAAGAAGAAAAACCUCUUUUGAUAACAGGGGGGAAUAAAAAGACAACAGACCAAGAUUUAAACAUUUACAAGGUCGAUAUUUAAACAAAUCUACAUUAGUGGACUAUUAAAGGCAAACUCACAUGCUAUCUAUUGUUAUGUAAUUUAUUCCAAACUUGGUCAUACUUGAACUCCACGCUGCAGGUGAAUAUAUUUCAUGUAGCAAAGUGGCACUUCAUGCACUGAGUGUACUUUUCACACAGGAUCACUUUCACUUUGAGAAGGUGUCUCUGAAUAAUAGUUAAACUCUGCGCCUGCUGAUCUGCUGGAAGUUCACGUUCCAUUGCUGGGGUGUGCUCAUGCCAAUAACACAGCAGCCCAGCCUACGCCCCGCGUUCCCGUGCUGCAGACUUCCUGCGUCCCCCCCCCGUCCAAAGUCGUCCCUCCGCUCAUGGACCACCACUGAUCUCCCCAGCACAGACACAGCCCCGAACAGUGUGGCUUCAGACUCGAACGUGGCAGAGAUUCUGCCCUGCUGGGGCACAAAGUGUCCAAAGUCUCCCGGGUGGUUGGGGUGAGGAACCCCCCCAGGGUUGUAGUGUCCCCCCGUGGACUCGCACCCGCGCUGCAGGUCUCCAUACUGGUGGACGUGCACGGCCCGGGGCUCGCUGCCCUCGGGGAAGCCGUUGAAGCGGAGGAGGACUUUGAGCUUCCCCUGGGGGUAAUCCUGCUUGAAGAGGACCUGGCCGUAGACUUUGGGCAAACCCUGGGCCAGCGAGGAGCUGGGUCUCAUCUUACAGGCCGCAAACAGAGACCCAUUGUUUAGGAAGACCUCAGCUGGAGGUGACGUGUCCGCGGAGGUGCACACCAGCAGCAGCAGCACUGCUGCACGCCUGGGCCUGGAAGACAUGAAACACCUCACUUUAUGCAGGCACACCCCAAACACUUGACUGUCAGGGUGGUCCACUUUCAUAAUCCAAGGGAAUUUACUCACACCAAGUACACAACGACACCUUAGUGGAUCCCAGUUGAUACCAGAAAUAGUCAAGGAAUAUUUUAAAUUUAAAAAAGCAACUUAAUGUGCAUGUUCGAAAUAAAACACAACUUUUAGUGCUCUUUUAAUAAGAAAACAACCUGGUGUUUUCUUUAACACAAUUAUUGAUGUAUUUUUUUUAACAACAUGCUAGUGUUUAUUAAAAAUGUAAUAAAAACUU